AUGUCUGAUGUGGAAAGAGAUGGUGUUCCCGCAAACGCAAGUGCAGCGGGAGCAAUGGACGUUUAUUCUGCUUUGCAAGAAGUGUUGAAGUUGUCCCUGAUCAACGAUGGCUUAGCUAGAGGCAUCCAUGAAGCCGCCAAGGCAUUAGACAAGCGACAGGCACAUUUGUGCGUUCUCGCUGAAAACUGCGACGAACCUAUGUACGUCAAGCUUGUAGAAGCUCUUUGUGCGUCACACAACAUCCCGUUAAUGAAGGUUAAAGACAAAAUGACGUUGGGUGAAUGGAUAGGCCUAUGCAAGUUCGAUCGCGAAGGAAAAGCCAGAAAAGUGGUGAAAUGCAGUUGCGUGGUUGUAAAGGAUUAUGGAAAGGAAACGCAAGCACAUGACGUACUCAACCAGUUUUUAGAAAGUCAGCGGAAAGGCUGA